CGGGGCUCAUGUGCAGAGCCAAGAUACAGAGGGAAGUGGAGGGGGAGACAGGGGAGAGAUAGAGCUGGUUCAUUUGCAGCUCGUCCCUGUAGACUGUGGAAGGGAUUAUACUCUCAGAGAGAGAGAGAUGGAGAGAGGGAGAGAGAGAGAGAGAGAGAAGAGAGCUCAGACUUGUGAGAACCCUGCCUCCAAUCUUCUAUACUGCACUGUGCACUCACACUCUCCCCAUCUCCUCAACCGCACUCACUCCUUCCUUCCUUUCUCCUCCCUCCCUCGCACACCACACUCACACACACACACACAAACCUACACACACAUACACACACACACCAGUGCCAUGUAGAGUCUCGGGCCAGAGGGUGACACCUACCUGCACAGGAUCAUAAGCCAGGUCGAGAGAAGCGAAAGGGUCCCAUGAUCUCUGCCAGCGAUGCCGAGUUCCCACGGGACUACCACACCCUGGCCGCCGGUGGCGCCCGCGGGGCCCGGCGGUUCCCCGACAACUCCAACGGGGGGUUCACGUCCUCCUCGCUGGACCGCCGCCACAACUCUGUGGCCGCCAAGAGCCUGGAGGCCCUGAACAGCAUACACAAGGCGGACAUCGAGCGGCAGCGGGAUGCUCUCGUGGACCUCCAGAAAAACAAGUACUCCAACAACAGCCCCGGCAACAUGUCACAGGGCGCCGCCGCCGCUGCUGCCGCCGCCGCCGCCGCUGCUGGACGACAGCAACAGCCCAACUACUGGAGUUUCAAGACUCGAACGCCACGCGUGACGCGACUCAGCCCGACAAAGCCGGCGCUAGCAGACCAGGCCAACAGGGUAUCCUUCGCAUCAGCUGAGAAUCUGGAAACCAUGUCAGAGCCUGAUAUUCCCAUCGGCUUCAACCGAAUGAAUCGGCUUCGCCAGAGCCUGCCGCUGGCCCGCUCGUCCAGCCAGGCCAAGCUGCGGGCACCAGGGAUCUUGUUCCUCCAGCUUGGGGAGGAGACCCGCCGAGUGCACCUGACCCACGAGCUGACCAGCCUGGACACUCUGAGGGCCCUCAUCGUGCACAUGUUCCCUCAGAGGCUCACCAUGGCCAUGCUUAGGUCUCCCAGCACGGCUCUGCUGAUCAAAGAUCAGACCCGUAACAUCUUCUAUGAGCUGGAGGACCCGCGGGACGUCCAGGACCGCUGCGUAAUUAAGAUCUACUGCAAAGAGCCCAUAUACGGCACCUACCCCGGACACCACAGCGCACACAUGGCAAACGGAGAUCUGCGGAGAGAAAUGGUGUACGCACCUCAGGACUCUCCGCCCAACCGCCGCCUCAGCAACCCGCCCAUGUCUUCCCAGCAUUCCUCCUCCUCUGCCUCACCUCCCCAAGGCUCCCCCUCCCGUGCCCGCCUCCUCUACAGCAGCGGCAGGCCUUCGUCCUACGGCGGGCCGCAGCACAACACCCACUCCCUGCCACACCCACACCAACACUCACAGUCCCACCACUCCUCUCCUCACCAGCAGCCGCAGCUCCACCAGCCCCACCAGCCCCACCACACCCAGGCGGCCUUCUGUGCCUCCUCCAGCGCCAUCCUGGAGCGCCGGGAUGUGAAGCCCGACGAUGAAGUGGGCGGGUCGAGGAGUAUGGUGCUGCUGAGGGGGGAUGAACGCGGCGGUGGCGGGAUUUACGCGGACCCUUACUCUCUGGGCCCAGAGUCAAGUCGUCUGAGUCUCGCAGGAGGACCUCACUCCCCUCUCCCGGCCAGAGCCGACCCGUACGGCUCCUUAUACCGUCGCGGAGGAGGAGGAGGUGGAGGUGGAGGAGCUGGAUCAGUGCGCUCCCUCACUUCCUAUUCAGCAGCUGCUUUACAAGGGGAGCUCAUGGAAAGUGGCGCCCUCUACAGGCCAGGGGGUCCACUAUACAACGAUGCUUAUGCUGCAUCUGUGUUGGCCAUGGGGUUGCGGGUGCCACCACCUUCCUCCCCACAGAAGAUACCAGACGUGAGGGAUUCUUAUGCAGGCACCUUACCCGGACGUGGCUCCCCCGGCAGGCAGAAUUUGCGGAGGGACUCUGUGACUUCCUCCGUGUUUGGAGACAGUCCUAAGGCUCGGGGCCCGGGUCCAGGGAUGGGUUUCACCUCAGAGCAGCUCUGUUUGAUGGCCGGUCCUGGAGGGGAGGGCUCACCUCUGCUGGGGAAUGAGACAGAGACCAGGGAGCGUAUGGAGGCAAUGGAGAAGCAGAUAGCCAGCCUGACAGGACUUCUGCAGAGAGUCUUGAGCAGAGCGCCCGAGGCAGAAAGCCCGGAGAAGAUUGAGACAGCCAGUGACUGCUCAGGAACUGACACUGGACGAACUAAAAAAAAGAAAGCUUUGACACCUUCUGCUCCCUUGGCCCUAAUGCCACCUCCGCCCUCGGGGGCCAACCAGCCUGUGAUGGUGUCCCGUCUCCAGAUGCAACUCCAUCUGCAGGGCCUGCAGCAGAAUACCAACGCGCUGCGCAAGCAGCUGUCGCAGCUGCGCAACACGCAGCUGGAGAACCAGGACUCCGUCCUGUCCCUGCUGAGGCAGACCGAGUCGGAGCUGAGCCUCAUGAUGCUCGACGCCACGCGCACCCAGGAGGACCCGCUCCAGAGGCAGCGCCUCCUAGUGGAGGAGGAGAGACUCAAGUACCUCAACCAGGAGGAGCUGCUCAUCCAGCAGCUGCAUGACCUGGAGAAAUCGGUGGAGGAGCUGCAGAGGAACUCGUCCGUCAACCACGGCCUGGUGACGGAGCAGGACGUGGAGCAGAAGAGCAAAGAACUGAGGAUGUUGGGAGAGACGCUGACCGAGCUCAAAAACCAGUUCCCCAGCCUGCAGAGUAAGAUGCGAGUGGUGCUGAGGGUGGAGGUGGAAGCGGUGAAGUUCCUGAAAGAGGAGCCUCAUCGCCUGGACGCCCUGCUGAAGCGCUGCAACACCAUGACCGAAUCGCUCAGCAUGCUGCGCAGUGUUUUGUAUCCCUCCUAUAUGUACAGACAAGUCACAGAGGGCAUGUGGAAAGGCCCUGAAGAUCUUUCCAGCCAAACACAGAGGAAAGCGGAGGACGCGACUCGCAGCUCGGAGCUGGACAUCCUGAACAGUCCUCCCCUCAGCCUCUCUGACCUGAGCACCAGCGCCGGCCUGGCCAACUGGAUGCCCGUGUCCAGCGGCAAUGCAGACGCCACGGGCCCCGAGCAGGACAUCCAACCUUCACUGAUCUUCAGAAACCGGGUCCUCGAUGAGCUGCCAAGUCGGCGUCCUGCUGAUAAGUCUGUGUCAGCUGAAGUCAGACUGGCGGCAGAGCGUGACUGGGAGGAGAAGCGUGCCAGCUUGACCCAGUUUAGCGCCCAGGACAUCAAUCGCCUGCUGGAAGAGACCCAGGCCGAGCUCAUGAAGGCCAUCCCGGACCUCGACUUUGCUGCCAAGCACAUCAACAAGCCCGCAGUGCCCCCCAAGCCCCAGAUCACCAUCCCGGUAGCUUCCACCACAGCCGCCACUCCUGCAGUCAGUACCACUAAUAGCACCGGGACCACGGCCACCACAACCUCAACCCCCACACCCAGCGGGGACCAGCAGCCUGGCAAAGUGCAGCUGGCGGCGCAGAAGCUCAACAGCAUGGAGGGGGGCGGCUCACAGCGAGGGUCAGUCGACCUCAGUGUGACCAGGUACCGCACAGAGAAACCGUCCAAGUCCCCACCACCGCCUCCGCCGCGGCGAAGCUUCCCGUCGGCACACGGCCUCACCACCAACCGCACUGGAGAAGUCAUCGUCACCACCAAGAAUUUGAAGAUGGAGGAAGAUGUUGAAAUACCCAAGACACUUGUGAAGCUGAGGCGGACUCCCUGUGACACACCGCGUCCUGCCUCGACACCACCUGUGAUCGCCGCGUCUGCGAUUCAGGACGAGGACGAGGAGGAGAAGAUCAUCGCCGAGCUGGAGGUGUUUCAGAGAAUGCCUGUAAAAGAGUGUAACAGUAAACCAUACAGCAUCCCACCAAAGACCAUCCCCACCUCUCCCCACACCAGAAAGAAUAGUAGUAACUCUCCAGGUCCAACGAAGGGUCCCACCGUCGCGGCCCGCCUCAAACACCUUCAGCAAGGCAGCCUGGAGAGGCCCAAGACCCGCAAGCAGAAAGAGGAUUUCCCCAAAGUCCAGGGCCAGCAGCAGGUAUUCCACUUCUAAAACCUCCAACCGCUGACUGCUCCGCCUGCCUCUCCUCUCUGCUGUCACUUCAAAAAGGACGUUUUCUCCCCCCCCUGCAACUUCUGCGAGAUAAAGAAAAACUGUAUAGGCCCCACCAGCAGACAAUAUGAGAUCACACAAAAAAACCUUGUCUGCAGAAACCUCGAUUUCUACCACGUCUUGAUGUGUGUUUUGACAUUUGAGUUAUUGGACGAGCUCAAGUUUGUUCUUUUGUUUUUGUUCUAAGAGUGUGUCGCUGUUUUCUUUUAGGUUCUUUUUUUCCGGUGCUUGUGACAGAUUAAAGUAGCUUUAUUAUCGACUCGGACACGUCGUUACCUCCAUGUUGUAACUAACUCUUAACGAUGCCACGGAGCGAUUUCAUCCCUCGAGGUCAAACGUGACGAUAACAGAAUUUCACCGUGAUCCAAACAUGUAUUCUUGUUUUCCUCCUCUCCCGUUAUCUCUCACUCUGUUCUUCCAGUAACGACCACAUGCUGCUCUUUCUUUCUUUUUCUUCGUGUGUGUGAGUGAGUGAGUGCGUCAUCUAUCCUUUAAACCUGAAGGUUAAAGAGCAGAAAUGGCCGGCGGCGGGAUUUAUGCAAAGUGAUGAGAGGGAAAGCACAAGGUGCAAAGUUACCUCGAAAAGCUGCUUCUGGAGCUUUGUUAACGACUGAGUGAGGCAGUAGUAAGCACAGAGAAGACGCGAGGUAACGCUUUACAUUACAUGGUCAUAGUAUGCUCAUUUAUUUGUUAUUCAGGUCAUUUUAAUGUAUAAUUGCUCAUGAAAACCAAGCAAUAACUCUGUGAUUAAUACAAAAAAUAACAUGGUUUUUCCAUAAAGUUAUUACAAAAAUAGGAUGACCGUAUUGUUCCUAUACGGUAUUUCAAAGCUGUAAAGCUUAACGCACACGGAAAACCAGUUUGUAUUAAUCUAAAUGAUCCACGACUUAAAUGAACUUGGCGAAGGCCUCUGCCUCAUUAUGCACCAGUGCGGUGCAAAGUGCGUUUAAUGCACAUGCUCAUUACUCCAGAUUAAGAGGCUGCUGUUAAUUCAGUGGAGUAGAAGGUGAAACGUAGAGCUUUUGGCCGACGAACUCUGAAGCAUAAAUGGCUUAAAUGUGAGGCUCCGGUCGUCUUAUCUGCUCCUGCAGACUCUCCCCGACCUGUGGAGCUGCCCUGGCACGUUCCUGCCUGACCGCAGUUGCUAGAAUAAGAAAAGAAAAAAAUACUUUGAAAGAGAAAGUUCAUCAUUUCCUCAAUAACGAGUAGUUCGAUUUUUCCCCGUCUACAUCCUCUCCUCCUGGACCGUCACAUGUUCAAAUACACAUGUCUCAGAGAAGACAGCGUCUGUGACUGAGUGUCCUUCCUUCCCUUCACAAGGAGAGGACAGCGAUUAGUAUUCAGGAGUGGACAAGUGUCACGUCAGCCUUUUUUUUUUUGCACCUAAUUUCCUUUAUUGCCUUUUUAAUAAUUCAUCAUCUUAGGAGUGGAAAAGCGGUUGGAUGUAUAUUUGUUUAUUUUUUGCUAUUGAGGAGUGAUAGAAUGAGUGUCUGGAGACAAUGUGACUGAAAAUGGUGCUAUUAUGAAACAAAACAACACCUUUUCUUCCAUGUCCUUACACGAUACAGUGAAGCCUUGGAAUGAUAAUUAUCUGACAUCUUAUUUAAUUCAUCUUCUUUUGCAAUUAUCCUUCCUGUUGUGGGCUCAUGAGCAACUUUACUUUUUAAAAUAAUCAACAUGUCGUGUGUGUGUGCGCGUGUGUCAAGACACCUUUUCUUUCUUUGGUGGGAAAGUUGUUGCUUUGCUGUUCGAUACUAAGUCGAUAAAGCUUAAAAUAACUUCUGUGAGUAUAAAAGGCUCUGUUGGUUCUUUUGUGCACCGCUGACAACCGUCCGUGUGCGUCUAUCUAAGAUCUCUAGGUCAGUCACGCUGUUUGCAGUCAAACCUGCAAAAACGGACGACGCCAGCGGAUCGAAGCUUCUCGCCAAACACGGAAAAAAGAAUUUAGAGGACAAACUUAUUGAAAUACAUUUCUCUGUUAGUAGAUUUUGAUUUUUGUCUCUUUUUUUUUUCUUUCCCCCUCCCUUUCAUUGCUUCUUGUUUCCUUUUAUUUAUUUAUUUAUUUAUUGUGGUGCUUACUUUUUUUGUCAAAUUUUCUUAAAUCUGUUGUUCUGCCUUCUCUGCUUUUUCGGGGACAGCGCUGAGCUUUUGCUGCUUCUUUUGUGUGACUUGCUUCUGUGGCACACACACGCCCACAUGCCGUCAGUUUUUUCUCUCACAUCAUUUUAAUCUUUGCACUGGCCUUGUGUUGUUUCUCUCUGCUGCUGCUGCUGCUGCUGCUGCUGCUGCUUUGCUUCCUUCAUCCUCUGUCUGCUUCUCAGGUCUCAGCCGGACUAAUUACCCGAGGAGUGAGUGCUCGGAUCAUUUGGACUUCUAGCUCAGACCCUGAAGGCGUGAUAUGUUUGGCAUUGAUCGAUUUAUCCCACUGUGUCCUUUAAAGCCACAUCCGUAGUUUAUGUAUAUAGAAAAUGGAUGAAGUUAUCUGGUUAGAAAAUUGAAGCCAAAUAGGAUGGAAGUAGGAUUAGCCACCAGGGGGCGACUCCAAAAAAAGAAUUUAAAGCAGGGGUCUCAAACUCAAAUGACCUUUGAGGGAAUGAGUAUGUAGUUUUUGGGAAACAGCAGGGGCAAUCUCAUUCACAGUAUUUCAAAAUAAAAGUAUAUGUGUUGAUGUGGACUGAUAUAUAAACUUUAUGGGAUUAGCACUGGAUUAGCUCAGUGGGUCUGUGGGUUGAGCAGCAGAUUUGAAACACUUGCCAAAUCUUCUCUGCUAAUGCCAAACAGCUUAUUCUGCUAUUGACUCUCGUUUAUUGGAUUUAUUGGGUGAUAGAAGUGUGAAGAAACAAGACAUUAUUGGCAAUUUAUUUAUAUUUGCUAAAAUAGGGGCCACAGUAGCAUGUGGACGACGACAUACUCAACUCUGCUGCUCGUCCCACGAAUGCCUUUUCCUGACAAAUGUGACAUCAAAUUAAAAACAGACGAUCUUUCUCCAACCGUAUAAGAAACCUUGUUUCAACAAAGAAAUCAUCAACCAAACAUACAUUUUCUUACUUUUUGUGCUAAGUGUAGUUCACAAUAAACACAUUUUUAUGAUGCAAAAUUCAAAUACUAAAAUAAGAAAGACAACUUGAUUGGAGGGCCGCAUAUGGCCCUCGAGCCCCAAGUUUGAGACCUCUGGUUUUAAGUGAAAAUGAGCUUCUAGCACAUGAUGUCAGUUUUGUGAAUGAUUUUCCCAUUUAGUUGAACAUGAGAUGAUAAAGCACAGAACAUAAUGAGUGGCAGGUGAUGUCUGUGAAUGUUUGGCUUCAAAAACCGACAUGGCGUCUUCACAAAGGGGGAGUUUGUUUUGCAACCGGGAGACUUCAUCCAUUGUUAUAUACAGUACUAUACAGUCUAUGCCCAACAGUGCACCAAUAAUUGGUCGACGUGGCAAAAGGGUCCGUAGAUUUGUACCUGUGCUGUGUUGGCUCUGGACUUUUAUUUCACCUCUAACUUUCAUUCAUCAUAAUCUAACAAAUCAGUAUAAUAUCUGUGUCCCAGUUCCACUCUAUAAACUUCAGAGAGUCAGUAUGCAAACGUGUUAUGCAACGAUAACCAUAGAUAAAAAGAUGCUCUGCCGAUGUAAUAUUGUUGUUAUUAUUAUGCUUGGAAAAAUUGCCAAAAUCCUUCUUUUCAGAUUCUCCCCGUCCUGAUAAAUUCUCACGUCAAUCUGAGAGGCUUUGUUGAAAAUGUGACAAACUGUUUAGUCUAGUUUGUUUGUUUAUUUAUUUAUUUUUCCUGUAUGUACACUGUUUGUAUGAAGUGUAUUUCCAGUUUGUUUUGUGAAUAUCAGUUCAUCCAAACUGCUUUGUUGUAAAAGCUCGAGUCACCACUCUGGGUGUGCCAUGUUAUGAGAUGAAUUCCGGGGGUGAAAUAUUAAACCUGUGGCAUGGAACAUAUCUAAAAUGACAAGAGGAGGGGGGAACUCCUGUCACAGGCUCCUGUGCUGUUUGACAGUUUUCCGCCCAAGGGAAAUACUAAAUUUGACACAUUGAGUGUGCGUGUUUGUGUGUUCGCAUCACUGGCAGAUAUGAAAAUUACCGGGGAGAUGUUUCAGUAUACGGUUCAUAUAUUUAUGGAAUGUAUUAGUCGUCUCAGAAAAAAAACAAAAACAAAGCAGCAAAAAUAAAAAAAGUGCAGUUCCAGUAUAACCCAAAAAUGGCUUCACAGAUAUAAUAUUGUAUGUAUAUUCUACGACCAUGUAGUUUUAUUUUGAAGAGAUUGCUUUAUUAACAUGUAUAAAAGAAAAAUAAUGUCAUCUAUGUUUUAUAUAAUCAAGCUUUUUUUGUAUUUUUAUACUUGAAGAGGAUUCAUUCAGACGCAUGUGACACAUUUAUUCUGUACUGUAAAUUGUUAUUAUUAUUUUUAUUUUUUUAUUUUCUGCGCACCAUGACUACAUUCUGUUGUAGAGAUUGCGGAGACAAAGUUGGCAGUUGCAGAGUUGUGAAGGACUGAGCAGUAAAUAUUACAUUUAUAUAUAUACAUAUAUAUUCAAUAAAAAAAAAGCACAUAACCUCCUUCCUCUAAAAAGAUCACCUCACUGACAGGUCGCCCCGUUCUUUUUGCUGUUCUCCUCUAUUAUAACCGAUAGUAUAUACGUACACAACACAGAUUAUUAAAGUUAAACUAUAUCGAUGGUUUCUUGAUGAAUGUGUGAUUGUUCAAACCAUGUGGCUGUUCAAAUCAUGUAUAUACAGCAAAUACUAUAUACAUACAUAUAUAUAUGUAUAUGUAUAUGUAUAUAUAUAUAUACACACACAUAUAUAUACCAGAGUCAAAUUUUAUGUGAAUCUGUUUUUUUAGACCGGGGAUUUCAAAACAAAAAAACAGAAAAGUAAAAAAAAAAGAAAAGGAAAAAUCCAAAAUGGCAUGCAUACUGUAUACAUUCCUGGAAAUCUGCACGCUGGGUCAACAGAGGUCUCAUUUUCCUGUCAAUAAUUCUGUGUAUACCUGUGAGCGUAUGAUAGACCGUAAACAACAAUUGUACAGUAACAUAGAUUUCUUUUUUUUUUGUAUUAUGUGAAAAAUUAAAUGAAAUGAAAAAAUUCCCCCAAAAUAAUAAUGCAAAGGAGAAAAGAUGAUUCUACUUAUAUAUAUAUACAUAUAUAUAUAUAUAUAUAUAUAUAUAUAUAUAUAUAGAGAGAGAGAGAGAGAUAUUUGAAUGAAGCUGUACAUUAUUACCUUUAAUGCUGUUUCUCCAGUCUGAGAGUGAUGCUUGCUGUGUGUGGGGGAUAAGUGUUGUUUGUGAAUUGUGAAGAAGAAGAAUGAUGACGACGAUAAUCUACUUACAAAAGUCAGUAUAACUUUUAAGACCUAAGAAUUAAAAAAAAAUAACAACAAAAAAACAGUGCAAAACAACAACACGCAACUUUGUAUAUGGAGAGUAAGAGUUGCCGCUUUGUGUGAGAAAAGUCGAUCCAGACCAGUAGGUUGCUGCUUUUGUACGUUCUGUUGUGGUUUUGUGACAAUAAAGGUGACCCUCUUAUA